GACGCGCUGUCGUGAAGGAUCGUAUGUAUUCACGUUAUUUCUUACCACUUACUAAAAUUCGGUAUCCUUCCAUUGGUUGCCGUAUCUCUUCUGCGGGAAAAUCAAUAAGACAUCAUCUAUGUACGUCACCUCUUAAUCCCGAUGCUACAAAUUUCUACGCGUUAGCUACACGAAUAACUUAAAUAAUGCAUGCUAAAGGAAACUUCAUUGCCAUGUGUGAAUCAGCACGAACAUUUGUCUGGUUUUAAUCAAUGUUGGAAUAACAUUAAUGCUGAUUUGGUAAGUUAUAUGGUAAAGAAAUGAAUGGUCUUGUAACUGAGUAAAGUGAAAGACUGCCAUCCCUUUAGAAACUUUUGUAAAUAAUUGUCCAUAUGAAGACUGUUCUUAUACAAAUAUGAUUCUUCAUUGAAAUCCAAAGAAUGAUGUAAAUAAUUGUUUACCUUAAUAACGGUUUCAUUUUGUUUUGGAACUUCACGAAGCUUAAUGCACUUAAAUGAAGACAAUAAAAAUAUGGCAUAUGAAAUUGCUAAUAAAAUGAUAAGAGAAGAUUUUGAUGCUGGACCUACAAGUUGUGACGAGAUUGUACAAGGUCUCUUUCUGGGAAAUCUGACAGCUGCCACAGAUGUUGAAUGGCUUAAAGAAACUAAAAUAACCCACAUACUCACGGUAGAUUCUUGUCCAUUGCCAAGGAAGAUUCAGGUCCUGCCAGAUCUGAUUUUAAAAUAUAUCCAAGUAACGGAUAUGCCACGUGAGGACUUGCUGACAUACUUUGACGAUUCCUACCAAUUUAUUCAAAAUGCUUUGGAGUCAGGAGGCAGAAUUUUGGUACAUUGUUAUUUUGGAGUAUCCAGAUCGGCUACUAUAGUUAUAGCAUAUAUAAUGAAAAAACAGGGUAUCAGUUAUUAUAGUGCAUUUGAAACUGUGAAGACUAAGAGAUGCUUCGUUGGUCCCAAUCCAGGGUUUGAAGCACAACUUAAACUGUACAGGGAAAUGAACUUCAGCAUAGAUAAUGCAAAUGUCCAUUUCAAAAUGUACAGACUACAAAUUGCAGCAGAUAAAGUAAGAAAGGCCCGAAUACUUCCUCAAUGCUGUUCCGAUAUAGUCAAGCCAGAUCCUGCAUUAACCACGGUGCGCCCAGAACCGACAGUGUAUCGAUGUAAAAAAUGUCGUCGUAUAGUUGCGUGUGCUAGUAAUAUUUUACCACAUGCGCCACGAGAGAAACAAAUCUGGCGACAUAUUAGCUCUAAGAGUUACGAUAAAGUUUUGGGGUCACCGAACAAUCCUGACUUAAAAGAUGAUACGGUAGAGAGUACCGAAGAGAAAAUCACUGAACGGUGUACCAAAACUUAUUUUAUAGAACCGCUUGCGUGGAUGCCAGAUAUAAUGCACGCGGUUGAUGGGAAAUUAAAUUGCCCAAAAUGCAACACAAAAUUGGGGUCUUUUAGUUGGAUAGCUGGUUCUCAAUGCCCUUGUGGUAGUAAGAUGGCUCCAGCAUUUUAUUUGGUGCCUUCUAAAGUAGAUUGGAGUAAUGCUGUACAAAACGUGCAAGUAACUGUGUGAUACACUUGAAAGCAGCAAAGA